GAGUAAGAUGUCGAGACAGAGGAAGAGACGACAAUUCCGGGACUGUAACACUGCAACGAUAACCCAUCUUCUUUCCAUCGAGGUAGAGAUGAAGAAACAAAUGCAAAAUACUUCAAUGCUGAUUUGUCACACAUGUUCAGCUAGAUCACCCCGUUCUGCGUGCGUGCUAUGACUCCUUGCUCAAUAGAUGUUUCUUGAACACAUUUUAAAAAAAAUAAAAAGAGAGACAGAAGAUCAGGGUGCUGAGACUUCUGAGGAUGAGGAGUAAAGGGAGCCAGGGGCCAGGAGAUAGGGGUGGGGGGUGCAGACAGCACCCUAGGGGACAGGAGCGGGGCCUUGGGCUGCAGGGAGGCUGUCACUCCACUCGCAACUGAGGAAAAGUACUUGGAGCAAAGAGAACUUGACGUGGGCGUUGAGAGCUGCAUGGAGCUGGGCUCCGUCUGGGAGAAGAGCGGCAUGGAGGCAGCACCCACCACCCCACAGCCCCUGCGGGCAUCUCCAGGGCCAGCCCCUCCUCGCCGGCUACCCCUGCAGGGCUUUCAGGCCAACAGCAGCAACUCCUUCCACUGCCUGAGAAGCUGCAGAGGUCAUGGACCCAGAUACUGUCCAGGCGGCCACGUAACCUCCGAGGCAUCAUCCUCUCCAGCACCCCUCGCCCCUGAAAGAUGCCUUCACUGUCAGGCAGGGAAGAUACGGGGUCUCUAGAAAGACCUAUCAAUGGAAGGAUAAGACUACCUUCCUCAGACCAGUGCCCACUGAUGCCAAACCACCAAGUCCUCUAUGCCCUGGGCCAUCGCUGGAGCCUGAUGAGACAGCCCAGGUUUAGAAGCCAGAAGGACCUGUUUUCAAGUCUUGACUGUCCCUGAAUGACUGCACAGCCUUGAAACACACACCUCUCUGAACCUCAGUUUCCUCAUCUGUAAAACAGAGGGGAUGAUACCCACCUGGAGAAUCCUGCGUGAAUUUAUGACUCUAUAUCCAUGUAAGGUGGCUUAUCCGGUGGCUCAGUGGUAAAGAAUCCACCUGCAACGCAGGAGCCGCAGGCUUGAUCCCUGCAUCAGGAAGAUCCCCUGGAGGAGGGCAUGGCCACCCUCUGCAGUGUUCUUGCCUGGAGAAUCUCCUGGACAGAGGAGCCUGGCGGGCUACUGUCCAUGUGGUCACAAAGAGUGGACACGACUGAAGUGACUUAGCAUGCACGCGCCCAUGUAAAGAUAUAGUGGAGCACGUGACUGUUGUUUGAGGAGCAAAGUGACAAGGGACGUAAGGUCCCUCUUCCCAUCAUCUAGUCCCAAGAAUGGUUCCCAGGUUCCCUGGGCACACCACUAUCCGUGCCAUCCUCACGCCAGGGUCUCCAGCUCUGAAUCUCCUAACAGCACCAUCCCCCGACUCCUCAGUCACCCCCAUUCCUAGAGGACCCAUCUGAUGGGCCAGGACCACUGGCAACACACCCUCUCUCUCUGAAGACUGGAGACCCCGUCAACCAUCAACGGUUGGGAUCGAGGCUGAAGUGACCCACUGUCCCUGAAGGGCGUGUGUCCUGCCCUCUGGGAUGCUCAGCUGAAAAGAAGGGCUGGGAACCCAGGUGGAAGGGAGCUGAUGGAGCCAAGCCAAAGAAGACAAAUGAGCCAAACCACCCUGGGGUCCCCCGGAAGAGGCUGCAGCUCAGUGGACUAAGGAGAGGCUUUGAGAGGGCAGGGAUGCUGAUACUGCUGAUGAGCAUACUAAUGAUAAGGAACAACGAUAAUAUAAUCGUGUUGCCAACAGGAGAGGCGUAACUGCUGUGUGACUGUUUAACCCACCUCAGCCUCCAGAGACCCGAAUUCUUCUUCUCCCCAUCCUAGAGGGGAAGACACAGAGGCUCUUGCCGUCAGUGACACGGAGACGGGAUGCCGACCCAGUCCGUCCAUCUCUCUUGGGCAGUGCCUCGCGCCGCCUGCCACGGGCAGGGAUGAGAGUCUCGGGACAGGGACGCUACAGAGACGGAGACUGCGGGGACAGAAGCCCCCCCAAGGCCUGAAAACAGCUGGGGAUGUGGACGGCUCCUGGGGAACCAGGGACUCCCCACCCUCCAGGUACCUAGCCAAGCUGUCGUCGGUGGGAAGCAUCUCCGAGGAGGAGACGUGCGAGAAGCUGAAGGGCCUGAUCCAGAGGCAGGUGCAGCUGUGCAAGCGGAACCUAGAGGUGAUGGACUCGGUGCGCCGCGGCGCCCAGCUCGCCAUCGAGGAGUGCCAGUACCAGUUCCGGAACCGGCGCUGGAACUGCUCCACGCUCGACUCGCUGCCGGUCUUCGGCAAGGUGGUGACGCAAGGGACUCGGGAGGCGGCCUUCGUGUACGCCAUCUCUUCAGCAGGUGUGGCCUUUGCGGUGACGCGGGCGUGCAGCAGUGGGGAGCUGGAGAAGUGUGGCUGUGACCGGACAGUGCAUGGGGUCAGCCCGCAGGGCUUUCAGUGGUCAGGAUGCUCGGAUAACAUCGCCUACGGCGUGGCCUUCUCCCAAUCAUUCGUGGACGUCCGCGAGAGGAGCAAGGGGGCCUCGUCCAGCCGGGCCCUCAUGAACCUCCACAACAACGAGGCCGGCAGGAAGGCCAUCCUGACACACAUGCGGGUGGAAUGCAAGUGCCACGGGGUGUCGGGCUCCUGCGAGGUAAAGACGUGCUGGCGAGCCGUGCCGCCCUUCCGCCAGGUGGGCCACGCCCUGAAGGAGAAGUUCGACGGCGCCACGGAGGUGGAGCCCCGCCGCGUGGGCUCCUCCAGGGCCCUCGUGCCGCGCAACGCGCAGUUCAAGCCGCACACGGAUGAGGACCUGGUGUACCUGGAGCCCAGCCCGGACUUCUGCGAGCAGGACGUGCGCAGCGGCGUGCUGGGCACGCGGGGCCGCACGUGCAACAAGACAUCCAAGGCCAUCGACGGCUGCGAGCUGCUGUGCUGCGGCCGCGGCUUCCACACGGCGCAGGUGGAGCUGGCCGAGCGCUGCAGCUGCAAGUUCCACUGGUGCUGCUUCGUCAAAUGCCGGCAGUGCCAGCGGCUGGUGGAGCUGCACACGUGCCGGUGACCGCCGCCCGGCCGGCGCCCAGCGACCGCCUCGUGGCCCCGGGGAAGGCCGAUAAUUUAAACAGUCCCCCCUGCCAGCCACCACCCGCCCCAAAAGAUACUGGUUGUUAUUUUUUGUUUUGGUUUGGUUUUUGGGUCCCUCCUGUUAUUUAUUGCCCGAACCGGGCGGGCGGCCCCAAGGGCACCGACCCUGGGGCCGCCCUGAAGCCGGGGCCUUUGUGGCUGCCACUGACCAAAGGGACUUUGCGCGUGCCUCCGGCUGUCCACUGUGGCCGCUGCUGACCACUCACUUGUUAUCUGUACCCGUUUUUCUACUUGCGGACUUCAGGUGGGUAACGAAGAGUGUCCCAGCCACCCGUGCCGACUGACCCUGCCGUCCAGGGAGACGGGUGGCAGGGGAACGGUGCCAUCUAGAUGGCAGCCACACACCCCCCCUACUUACACGGGGGCCCCUGGCAGCUUCGGCCUCAUCAUCUCUCAAGCCCCCUGGAAAAGCAGUGGGUAGACACACCAGGUCUCCAUGGGCAGCCGGCGGUUCAAUCUCUGUAGGCCCCUCCAGGCAAGAGCAGCAGAUGAGGCCAGGACCAGUGCAGGCUGCAGCACCCCGACCCUCAGAGCGGGAGACGCCCCCCACUCCCCCCGGUCCCUCCCAGACAGGAAUACAGCUGCAGCCUGGAUCGGAGACCCCAGGUCGGCCUUCACGGUGACUCUUCACAGGGCUGCUCCUCCGUGAAAUUAAGAACGUUAAUGUCAUACACGGGAAAGGGCCAUGUGCAAAAGCCCUCACCCGACUUUCAUUUCACUCUCUUAGUCACAUCUGUUGAGCAAACACUGUUCCAGGCCCUGUCCUGGGCCGUCUCACUGGACGACCGCGGCAGUCCUGGGAGGCCAACCAGACAGGGACACACGCUUGUGCUCGUUUCACAGGACGAAGGGCAAGGCUCGGCUGGGUCCAGGACCCAUAGAUGCGGACACGGAGCCAGAACAGCCCUCCAGCCAGGCCUCCUCCUGGGAGCCUGUUCCCAAGGUCCCAGAGACUGUAGGGCCCCCUUGCGUCUGAGACUUGGGGACGGGACUCCAGCAGCAGGAGCCACAGACCACAGGCCGAGCUGGAGCCCACGUGGUUCCCCAGGGAGGGCAGAGCCGGCUCGGAGGGAAGCGGGGGCCAGCAGCCAGGCUGACAAAGCGAGGUCUCAGCACGGACGCACCCCUGCUCCCAGGUGCCGCGGGGCCUGAAGCAGCGUCCUCAGAGCCAGCCCCACAGCCUAGGCCUGGCCCUGUGCACCCAUCAGGCCACAGGCCCAGGCUUCUGUGGGCAGGGCCUGCACAUGGCAAGCCCCGGCCUGACCCAGCUGUUUCUCAGGUGGGCUCCUGACCCCCCGGGGACCUCACUCCAGCCCGCUCUCCAAGCUGCCCCAACAUGGAGGCUUUCUGCUCCUGGUUUGAACUCUUGGGGUUCAGGACUCCCCCUUGCAGGUUCUCAGACUCCCAGUUGUUGGCUCCAAGAUUCAGUAUCUGAAUUCAAAGCCCCAGAUCCACAAUACGGGCUCUGGCCUGUUAGACUCGCUUCUCCGGGCCUGGAGGUUUGUGCCUCCUGGUGUUGGCUCCCUCACGAAGACAGGGUCAACACCCUUGGCCCCUAGCCAAGCUCUCUGCUCAGUGUCCAUCCGAGAAGAAGGCCAAAACCAAGUGAGAUGCUGGACCCACAUUCAAACGUUGGGAUAAUCUUGGGGCAGGCAGGCUCUGAUGUGGAUGAAAGCUGAGCUGAUUCAGUGUCCCCACGGUUAGCUGCCCAGCUGGGCUCACUGCUCCUCUGGCGGGCUCUGCUCAGCUGUCGUCUCAGCGCCAGGGAAAAACACUAUCCCUCACUGGCACGGGCCAGACCCACACAAAGGAGGCGGUGAAGACCCCUCCCCCACCCCAGGUCCUGUCCUCAGAGGCAGGGGCAUAGUAGAUCCCGGCUGGAUGCUGGUAUGAUAGGCACUGCCCCAGGAAGAAGGCACAGGGUCUGUGCUUGUUCACAGGCUUCACCUUUCCACCUACCAGGGGGCUCCUCAAAGCUGAUCCUCCUGUGGCUUUCGAAGGGUGUAGCCUCAGUGAAGCAGACUAGAUUCUAGCAACCUCUGCCCAGCCCCUACCACUGCUGCCACCAGCACCCCAAAGGGCUCCACGGCUGCAGGAAAAUGGAGCUUCCUGGGACACAUCCCACUCCAGACUGUCCAAAUAAAGAGGAACCAGCACAGGAUUGACACAGUCACCCACUCUGGAGGCUGGCCAGAGGGUCCAAGCCCUGCCCGAAACCCUCCCCACUAGUCCGAUCACAAGGCAAGGUGUCCUCUGAGGCCUCGGGCUGGACGAGUCCCAGUUCUGGAUGCUGCUACCCCCUGCUGCCCCCACCCCAUGCCCUGACUUUUAUACUAGGCUCCUUGCCUUUGUGACAUCCUCAUGAAAUAGUCUGGUGCACGAUAAAAUGAUUAUUUCUUUAUCUUGCA